CUAGGCAACCCUGAGGGCUCUAUCAGCCCAAUAAUAGCCAAACUCCUCUGCCCACUGCCUCUCACUGAAGCAUCAGGCUCCCCAGGAUGCUCAGCUCCUUCUUCAGCUCUAGAUUCAGCUGUGGAUUCUCGCCUGCUUGGAGCAUCAAAUCCCCCAUAUGCAGACAUCUCGCUAAGGGCUGAGAUGGAUGGUUUCAUCCUGAGGGCCGGUGACCCUUAAGUGCUGGUGAGAUGUCCUUCAGUGGCAACGCGAGCCAACUCUCCCCAUCUACAACGUCUCCACCUCCACCAGUCAACCGCACGACUUCUUCGCAGUUGCCGUCUUGGGAGGAGGGACACUCUUUGCGAGACUGGGCAUCAAAUGAGACUCUGCUCUCAGACCUAUCUGUUCUGGGACAUGACGAACAAUGCAACACAUCUCCUUUGCUCACGGCAUCUCUGGUGGUGUGGUACAGCGUUACAAUGGUCCUGGGCCUGGUGGGCAACAUCGGUCUUAUCUGCAUAAUUACACGGCGCAGGGAAAAAGCCAAUGUCACCAGCAUUUUCAUUUGUAAUCUGUCAUUCUCUGACAUUCUGGUGUGUGUGUUCUGCCUCCCUUUCACGCUCAUAUACACACUGAUGGACCACUGGGUGUUUGGGUCACUGCUAUGCCGCCUGGUGCCGUUCAUUCAGUGUGUGUCUGUGACGGUCUCCAUACUGUCUCUGGUUUUUAUCGCUCUGGAGCGACAUCAACUCAUUAUUAACCCAGCUGGCUGGAAACCCAGCAUUCCUCAAGCCUACAUAGCUGUUGUUGUCAUCUGGAUCCUGGCAUGCUUCACCUCCUCACCUUUCUUGGCCUUUCAACUGCUCACAAAUGAGCCGUACACCAACAUGAUCCUAACCGAGCCGGCACUUUAUCGUGAAACACCACACGCCUCGCCUGCUAACUCAUCUGUGCUUCAAAAUUCACAAUACUUUCCCAAACUUUAUGCGUCCCUGCAUAUGGAGGCGUGUAUGGAGCGCUGGCCAUCCCAGCAUGACAGGCUGACCUACACCACAUGGCUGCUCUUGUUCCAAUAUUGUGGCCCUUUAAUUCUUGUUCUGCUUUGUUACGUUCGAGUGUUUGUGCGCCUGCGUCACCGCAAAGAUAUGCUGGACCGCGCCAGGACGCCUGAGAGCCAACGCAUGGCCCACAGCCGCCGAAUCAACAUCAUGCUCGUGGCCCUGAUAACGGCUUUCGCCCUGUGCUGGCUCCCGCUCACCAUUUUCAACGCCGUAUCCGACUGGAACCAGGAUGCCCUGCCUAUCUGCCACCAUAACCUGCUCUUCUCCCUCUGCCACCUCCUGGCAAUGUCCUCCACCUGCAUCAACCCCAUCAUCUACGGCUUUCUCAACUCCAACUUUAGGCAGGAGGUCAAAGAGGUGCUCCAAUACUGCAGGUGUCGCCCCGUAGAGGAGGAAAGCGAGCGCCUCCCCAUGUCCACGGUGCACAUGGAGAUGUCUCGCACCUCAGCGCCGCUCACCUGCAGGAGUAACUCUAUUUAACAGACACUAAAAUAACAGCUAACAUCUCCCUUUCCACCUUUAAUAGGCAUUGAACCGUUUUCAUAAUGACUGAUGAUGAAACCUUUUUGUGUGUGUGUAGUGCUGUGUGGGUUUUAUCUUGCUCUCUAGCAGUGUUGCCUUAGUUUGCUUAACUAAAUGUCUAGCUUUAAUUAUGUAAAAAAUGCAAUGCUGUGGCUUUGAUGGUAAGCAGUUUUAAACCUGAAAAAAGAAGCUCUUUAUGCAUUAUUUAAGCCAGUGGUCCCCAACCUUUUUUGACCCACGGACCAGCUUGUGUUCCCACAAAUGUACCGCGGACCGGGGGCGGAGGGUGGAGGGGUAGGCGUUCGUACAUUAUAGCGAUCUAAUUGAUCUUAUUUAUUAUGUAUUGUGUAAAACUAAGACAUGAAUAACAUCAAAUUAAAAGCACAAAAUGAAUGGCAACCCACCAUCCACCUGUUCAAGUUCCAGCCAAGUUCUUCCAGAGAGAUUAUUACAUCACUGUUUGACAUGUGUGAUAAAAGGCAGUGCGCUAGCAUGAAUUAACUUGAGACAAAUGUGCACAUUAGCACUGAAUAAGUCAUCAAAACUUACCUUUAUGCAUUCCCACAUACACAUAGUAUCAGCAUUUGACACCAAGUAUGAGGUGAAAGAAAAACGGUAAAAAUACAGUAGUAGUCUAUCUGUGCAGCAUGAGAUAAAGUUAGCACCCCGCACAUCAGGGGUCACCAACGUGGUGCCCGCGGGCACCAGGUAGCCCCCCACGACCACAUGAGGUGCCCGCAAGCCUGCUUUUCAUUCAGGUUUUCAGUUAAUAAUGAAAGAACACUAGAAAAAAAUGCAUUCUGAAAUACAAAAUGUGAGUUGUGGACACCAGCAUUUUGUUAAUGUUCUGGUAAAACAAGCAUAUUCGCUUUGUUUGGGUUUAAAAUAAGCUCUGAAAAUAAAAUACAAAAAUGAGUAGCUCUUGGCCAUUUUCAUUUUGUAAAAGUAGCUCUCACAAGGAAAAACGUUGGUGACCCCCGCCGCACAUGGACAUGUGUCAAGUGAGACGGAUGUAACAGAGAGAAUCCGGCCACUUUUCAAAAUAAAACAUCCCAAAAAUAAAAAAGAAAUAAUGGAAAUUAUUUCUUCUUUCUGUGCGUCCCGGGACCGGGCCGCGGCCCUGGGGUUGGGGACCACUGAUUUAAGCUAUAUUUAUUUAAGAAUGUUGCGUGUUAAGAAUUUAUGCAAGAAGGCAUGUGUUCAAUAGUGUCGUAUUGGAUAUAAAAGUGUGUUUUUGUCAUCAAAAGCAACACAGAAAAAAGGUAUGUGAACUAUAGUAUGUUUAAUUACUUGUGCUGUGAAAUUUGGUGUUUUUGACACCAUAGAAAAGCUGUUUUGUGGUAUUGUCAUGAAAAUGUGUUUUCAAUGUUGAAUGCUAAGCUUGCUGAAGCAGGGUUUAAUAUAAAUGAAUAAAUAUCAUAUGGAUUUAGAAUUGAUUGCUCUACCAUUUCUAUACAUGCAUGGGCAAUUUUAUGGUGCCCUAUUAGCGGAAAGUUCGUAUUCACAAACACAUAAUUAUUCUGUCCAUGUUAACCAUAAAAAAUUAGUAUGUUGGCUGCACGUAAACAUGGUUAAAUCUUGACUGCGUUAUGAUAAACAUGUUAGAUAUAGGGUUGUUGUUGAAGUUGUUGAAAAAUCAGCCUCCAGUGACACUGAACGGCACAAGCAGUAUAGUAUACAGUAGUAAUUCAUGAAAAUAAAAUACAAUACUUUUAUACUUUUUUGCAAUAACCUUUUUUAUAAUUAAAUUUAAACUAUGGCUAUUAUUACUGAUGUUUUCCUGCACCAUGGGAGAGGGCCAACAUAUUACUGUCAUUUCGACACCACUGCAACCUUACAUCUCUGAAAACUGAGUAUUAUUAUCUCGAGCUAUACAUAACCCAUCUUGUAUUGAAUCAAAUUACAUUGUAUAAUUACAUUGUGUAACUGACACUGCGUGUUGUUAUUGAUGUUGGAUGUGUAUGUGAAAAACAAAAACAAAAACGUGUGGAGUGAUGUAACCAUACUGGCCUUUAACAGGUUAAAAUCCGACAAAUAUAAUUAAUAUUUUAUAUGUAUAUUUCAAGCUGAAGUAAUUUUAAAGGACUGACUCAUCUAAAGGAGAAAAAAAUCAGACUAUGUCAUAUUCUAUAGCAGUUUUUGUGAAGCUGAC